AUGAGACAGUUACUUACUACAAUAAAUACAACAAUUGCAAGUUAUACUUCAGCUAAUUUUAAUGUUUCAGAAUCAAAUAAUAAUAAUAAUAAUAAUAGUAAUAGUGUUGAUAGUAUUUAUUUGGUUAUUCUUGCAUUAAUUCUUUCCAUAAAAUUAUUUUUUAUGUUUUACACUAUCAUUUAUACUUACAGACGGAGAGGAAGAGCAAUAUAUGAUGACCUAAUGCUAGAAGUUGAAUCAGUAGAUUCAGGAUAUGCAGACAUUGAAUAUGAAGAUAUAGAUGAAGAAAUAGAUGAAAGAGCAAGAAUACUAGAUGUAGAUGACCGUGCAGAAAGAACAGUAAAUGAAAGAGUAACAUUAAAUGUAUAUGGGCAAAUAAAUAGUGAAGAAGAUGAAGUAGAAGUAAGAAUUUAUUAG